CACACACACGCGCGCACACGCGCGCACUCCCUCACACGUCUUAAGAAGAGCGGGGGAUGCAAUUACGUCAUAGCCUCCCAUCGCCCUCGAUGACCGCGCGCGCAGGACGAGGAUGAUGCAGGUCCGCCGGACUCAGACGGCCACGGGUUCUACCGCGAGCGAGCGCCCGGUGCCGGAGACCCGACUGCGCGACGAAGGAGGGGAGCCGCCGACGCGCGGCCGCAGCUUCUGAUGGCUCCUCGAGCCGCGGGCGCGAAAGAGACACAGCAGCCGCCGCUGCACGAGAGCGAAGGGGACAGCAGGUAUCGGGGAAGUGACGUGGUAUCCGCGCCCCGCAAGAAAGCACCACGGUGCGGUUGUCGUGCGUUUCGCAGGAGGGGAAGGGGAACAUGGCCGCGCAGUCGGACGGCUUCAAAGUCGGGGUCGCGUACGGCGGCGGUGGCGGCGGCUUCGCGCAGCUGUACGACGUCGACGGCGAGGAGCCGAUGGACUCCGCCGCGAUACACAUCUGCCAGUGCUGCCGCACCUCCGCCUGCUACUGGGGCUGCCGCUCCGCCUGCCUCGGCUCUCUGGGCGGCGGGGGCCAUCCCGCCGGAGGGCUCGGCAUCCGGGAGACUCACUGCCCGCCCCGGGAGCAGCUGUGGCUGGACUGCCUCUGGAUCAUCCUCGCCCUCAUCGUCUUCUUCUGGGACGUCGGCACCGACCUGUGCCUGGCCAACGAGUACUACCGGAGACAGGACUACCUCUGGUUCGGCCUCACGCUCUUCUUCGUGCUGGUGCCGUCCGUGCUGGUGCAGAUUCUGAGCUUCCGCUGGUUCGUGCAGGACUACACGGGCGGGGGGCUCGGGGUGGUGCAGGGGCUGACCAAGCGGGACGUGGUGGCCCUGGGGUGCCUGUAUCCCGGCAAGGACCGCCUGCAGCUGGCCACCAUUUGGCUGUGGCAGGCCACCAUACACAUCCUCCAGCUGGGGCAAGUGUGGAGGUAAGGAGGAGGUGGGGGGGGGGGCACACAAACAACAACACACCUGAUCCUAUCUGACACCACACUCCCUCCCCCUUCCCCUCUCUCUCACAUACACAAUCUAUUUAUCUCUCUCUCACACACACACACACGCUUAAUGGGUUGAGUGUUGUCGACUCGAUGUGGCUAGAAGAAGGAGAGGCUCGCUUCACACUGACAGGCAAGAGAGGAAGAGGAGGACAGGGAAAGGCUCCCCCCCAGCACUUCACUUACUAUCUGGGAUGACAGACAGUUAACCGAUGAAGAGAGGCAGCCAGAGGGACACACACACACGCACACACACACGCACACACUCACGCCAAAAAGACAGUCAGAGACACAGCCACCUUCACGAAGUGUAACGUCUGUAUGAAAAGGGAAUUCUGCAACUCAAAUACUAAAAAUAAAUACUAUAGUUAUCUCUCUAGCACUCGGGGGUCCUUCGCUUUAGUUGAAGAAUAGAGAAGUUGGGGCUCUGUGUGUGUGUGUGUGUGUGUGUGUGUGCAUAUUUGUGUAAGUGCAUUUGCGUGUCCGUGUGCGUGACCAGCGGAUAAACGGUGUCACGGCCCUUCCCGUGAUUGUCAGCAUGCAUGGAGAGUACAAAGAGGGAGAGCAUCUGCGCUCCUGGCAUCACAUCUCCCUCUAUCUUCAUCUCUCUCUCUCACACACACACACACACACACAGUUGGAUAGGGGUAGGUGCUAAUUGUGGUGCUAAAGGCACUGGUGGGAGAGAAAAAAACGUCUUCUUUCACAUACUUGUUUGUGUUUUUUUGACAGAGUUAUAGUCAUCGUAGUAGCGGCAGCAGGAGUGCACUAGUUUGUCUCCGGGCCGCUCACUCUCACUCCCUUCCCCUCCUCUCUCUCCAAGAAGACUCCCUAAUGGUGUCCACUUGCCUCUGGGCGGACAGCGGAGAGAGCAGAGUGAUGAGUGUGUGUGUGUGUGUGUGUGUGUAGACAGCCUGCUGUGCUACUCAGCUCCUCAGCCUCUCUGUGGUUGUAGGGUUAAGUCAUCCCUCACACACACACACACACACGCAAACCUCCUCUACCUCCAUGCACCCCACCCAGUAGUCGCACCCCUCAGCCUGCGGAAUGGACUCUACCACGUGGUGAAAGCAGAGGGGCAGGAGAAGGAGGAAGGAAGGAGGAGGGAGUGGAGCUGAUUGUGGCUG